UUUGGUUUCUGUUUCUACCACAAAAUCGAGUAUGGCAGAAUCAGAGGAGAAUUAUGAGAAAAACGUACAAGAAACGAACAAAGGUGAUAUUAUGAAAGAAGAAGUCGUUGAAAAAGUUGAAGAAUCUGGAAAAAUUAUCAAAAAAAUAAAAAAAGUGGUAAAACGCAAGAAACGACCGGCACGUAAACAAAUAGAAGAGAGACCGGAGUUUGAAAUGGAAGCUCCUCAGCAAGGUCAGGUGUAUAAUAUCUGGUAUAAUAAAUGGAGUGGUGGAAAUCGUGAAGACCCAUUGAAAAGUCAAAUAAAAUCUGAUACAAGAUGUAACAUUGAAACCGAUUCUGGUUACACAAAGGCUGAUAAAAUUCCUGGGUCUUAUUUUUGUCUUUAUUUUGCUAGAGGAAUGUGCUCGGAAGGAUCAAAAUGUGAAUUUUUGCAUCGUUUACCGAACGAAACAGAUUUUUUUAAUGCCAACGUAGAUUGCUUUGGAAGGGAAAAGCAUGCCGACUAUCGGGACGACAUGGGUGGUGUUGGUUCCUUUUUGCGUCAAAACCAUACACUAUAUAUUGGUGGGAUUCAACCAACAGAGGAUAUUGAAGAAGUUGUUGCUCGGCACUUUGCUGAAUGGGGAGACAUUGAACGCAUACGUGUUUUGAAUUCUCGAGGAAUUGCUUUCGUCACAUACGUGAAUGAAGCUAAUGCCCAGUUUGCAAAGGAAGCAAUGGCUCAUCAAUCUCUUGACAAUGAUGAGUGCCUCAACUGUCGAUGGGCAACAUUAGAUCCCAAUCCAGCAUCUCAAGCACGAAAUCAAAGGCGCUUAGAAGAACGUGCAGCGGAUGUUGUAAAAAAAAUACUGCCAAAGGAAUUUUUAGAAGAUCUACAAGAACAAAAGAAUGGAAAAGGAAAUCAAAAAAAACGGAAGCUGGAAUUAGAAUUUGGGCUCAAAGGUUAUGUACCUUCUGACGACUUAGUUUAUGCAGACGGAUCUUCCUCUAUCCGUAACCAAAGAUCUAUAGAAGCUUCCUCUAAACUAGUACAACAGACAGAUGAUUCCGAGGCUAAUUCCGAUGCCGUAGAGCAAACGUCUACUUCGUCCAACAAAUUUCUGAACUCCGAUGUUCUGAAGGAUCUUCGCAAAAUAUCCCAAGUCUCACAACAAAAGAGUCCAGCGCUGGUUGCUGGAUAUGAUAGCGAUGAAGAUUAAUGACUGUUUCCUGUAUAAUAAACGCUCUUAUUCAUAUUUCAGUUUCAGCCAACAUCUUAGUAGCACGAGUAAAAUGGACAACAGUUGUUAUUCUUGCAGUGUACAUUCAAACUAUCAAACAAGCUUUUGCGUCUGUCAAGCUGCAAUUCUACAAAUACUACGGAUGGAUAUUCACGUUACAACAAUCUCGUUACCUACCAAAAAAAGCUACAAUGACAUAAAUCUUAUAGACAAGAAGGGAAUCGAAAAGAAAUUUUUUUUACUAACGACACAGACCAUAAACCUUAGUAAAAAGUGGUAGGGCGGUGAGGAGCAAAAACCUUCUUGCCAGCCAAGCCGAGAGUACCAGUACGACGGUGAGGGAGAGGGAACUUCAACUUAGGAUCAAGGAGUUGCUUGACGUAGCUACGGCGAACCUCUUCCUUGUUCUCAACGGUAACAACCUUGAGGAUACGGAUGCUGCGGAAGCGAGCACGGUGACGAGCAGCCAUGUCUUGGUACAUAGCCUCGACAGCACCAACACGGGUGGUGUCGCGGAAUUCCUUGUACAUGUUGUGAGUGCCGGAACGGGAGUCGUAACGGAUCCAGAUACCGAAAACCUUGGGUUGAAGGGGCUUGGGCUCGUGAAUUUGGUUAACGGCAACAAUUUCACCAGUGGCCUUCUUGACCUUGUUAAUCAUCUUUAAGAAGUACCAGUAACGGGACUUGGCAACAGAUUCAUUAACGGCGAAUAAACGCAUGCGGAACAACUUGGGAACAGGUUCCUGUUCAGUUGGAACCUUGCGGCCAACAACUUGAUACUCCUUCAGUGCCAUUCUUGCUGACUCUGGCUAUGGACAAGUUUCGUGGUGCCAAGUUUGAAACUUCUUACCCAGUAAUUGUGACUGCUUUUUUGGUAAACCAUUUCUGGGCAUGCUACGCUACUGUACCGUAUUUAUAAAUAAAGAUGGUUUCUAUUGCGCUAUACGAUAAACAAAUACUCUAUAAACACAGUUGGGAGCAGUAGAAAAUUUCUGUUUGAGUUUGUUAGCUGAACGCCAAAUUCAAUAAUUCAAUGUUGAUCUACCAUAAGAAAUUUAUAGAAAGUAAAAUACAAAGGAACAGAAAAAGAAAAAAGACUAUAGCAUCCCGGAUUUCCAUAUCGUUUCCUACCAUAGUAGAAACCGGGUUUUCAGGCGCUCAGUUACAGCGAUUAAUAGCGCUGUGAGAUCGGGGAUCUAUUUGUAAAAUUUGUAAUAUCAAUUAAUAAAUCUAACGUUUAUAUGG